CACUGAGCAUCUGAGGUAACGUCUGUGUGUCAAUAUUUGAAUUCAGGUUAAAGAUCAAUUUAUCAGGUUCGCCUCUGUCGUCCAUUUUACCUCCAAACAGGCACCGUCUGUCCUCGCAGGAGACAACAGGAGACAGCAUUAAGACAACAGGAGACAGCCAGGGACAAUAGGAGGCAACAGGAAACAGCAGGAGACAGCAGGAGAUAACAGAAGACGACAGAGAGAGAGAGAGAUGCUGCUGCUGCCCACAGCCCUGACUCUGACUGUCUGCACCCUGCUGAUCUGCUCUGAGCUCAUCCAGUGUGCAGUGUUCCUGGAUCAGUCUUCGGCGGGUCAGAUCCUACGUUCCCCCUCCUCCUCAAGGAGGCGUCGAGCCAACUCCCUCCUGGAGGAGAUGUUACCAGGGGACCUGGAGAGGGAGUGCUACGAGGAGAGUUGCUCUCAGGAGGAGGCCAAAGAGAUCUUCCAGACCAAAGAGAAGACGCUGGAGUUUUGGUACAGAUACAAACAUCUGAACCACUGUCAGACCAACCCUUGUCGGAAUGGAGGGAUCUGCACUCUGGACCGAGGAGACUUCAUUUGUCUCUGUCCUCCUCAGUACACCGGCAAGACCUGUGAAUCAGUGUUGUUGGAGUGUCGCUAUAGAAACGGAGGCUGUCUUCAGUACUGUAGAGAUCUGACAGGGGGAGCUGGAGUUCAGUGUGGCUGCGCUGACGGAUUCAAACUGGAACCUGACGGAAAGAGCUGCUUCCAGACCGUGUUAUUCCCCUGUGGUCGUCAGCGGACGCAGGCGUUGUACAGAGGUCGAUCUCUGCAGGAUCACUCUGAGCUAGGAAACGUCACCCUGGAGACGGACAACAACAUCACAGACAGCUGGGCUCCUAAACUAAAUUUAACAGAGACAGAGGAGGAGAGGAUGAAAGUGAAUGCAACAUCCAUAGAGAGAAGAAGAAACGACACAGCGCUGAGGGGGGAGGAGAGAGAGGGAGAGGAGGAUGGAGGAGGAGAGGAUGGGGCAAAUCGUAUUGUGGGUGGAGUCCUGCAAAAACAAGGAGGGAGUCCCUGGCAGGUUCUGAUCCACAGGUCCGAUGGAUAUGGUUUCUGUGGGGGGACCCUGGUUUCUGACCGCUGGGUCAUCUCUGCUGCUCACUGCUUUGAGGAGUCGGCAGACCACGUUACUAUAGGAGACUAUGACAAGCAGCGUCCCGAUCCAGAUGAGCAGCUGAUAAAGAUUCAGAAGGUCUUCGUUCAUCCUUACUUCCACGCCUACACCUACGACAGCGACAUCGCUCUGGUCUACCUCGCCAGGCCCGUCCUCAGGGGCCCCACCGCCCUCCCCGCCUGUCUGCCCGACGCCCACCUGUCCAACUACCUGCUGAGGGAGAAUAACCGGGGAAUGGUGACGGGCUGGGGGCUCACUCACUUCAUGGGCCGGUCUUCCCGGUUCCUGAGGAAGGUGGAGCUCCCAGUGGUCAGCUACAAGGACUGCACUGCGUCCACUGAACAGGUGAUCACAGACAACAUGUUCUGUGCAGGUUACCUGGAGGCCAGUAUAGACGCCUGCAGUGGAGACAGCGGAGGACCCUUCGUGGUGUACUACAGGGGGACCUGGUUUCUGACCGGAGUCGUCAGCUGGGGGGAGAAAUGUGCUGCUAUAGGGAAGUACGGAGUUUAUACCCGACUGGGGAACUUCCUGAGCUGGAUCAGAGACACCAUGGAGAGACAGGAUCUGAACGGUACCAUCGCUGAGAGAUGAAGACUGAUGAAGACGGCGGUGACUUUUGACCCAAACUGCAGAUCCAUAGACCCUGAUUUUACAGACUGUGUCCUGGCUCCACAGGAGUUGUCGUUCAGAGGACUGAACCUCUGAACGACUCUCCGGAGGAUUAUCAUCAUCAUCAUCAUCAUCAUCAUCAUCAUCAUCAUCAAGCAGCGGCCAUGGCCUCUGCUUUAAUCAACCACUCAGCUCCGACAUCGGCAUCAAAAUUAACACCCGUGCUAAAAAGAAACCGACUGCGAAUGCGGACAACAUACACAGAUUGCAUGUUUUGUAAAUUUAAUCAUAAAUGAUAACUGAGCCUGAACCCAGUGGGUCCCGAUGAGGUGUGGGCUUUAGGGCAUCGUGUAAGGCUUCAGGCUCAGAUCUGGGUUUGGACAUUUGGGAGGCAGAGCUGUAGAACAUCCUGCAAACACACAUCUAGCUGUUUAUUAGGGAGGAAUGAAUUUCCAAUCUUUGAUGACAUCUCCUUCUUUUUCCUGUUGUUAAAUGCAAGUAUUUGUAAGUCGGUUACUGUGAGUCACUGUGUCUGCUGAGUCAACGUAAAGUGCAAGACCACAUGACUCUACAAAGCAGAGUCAGGUCCUGCUUUUCGCCAGGAGAUUCGGGUUUAAUGUCACAUAACUGUCCUAAAUGAGCAGGAACUGUUCACAUUAGUUCACAAGGAAACUUUUACGAACUUUUUCUUGUUUGAGUGGAAGUUAAGUGUUGGAGCAGUGUUUGUUUGCUUUACAUUUUAAUACUAAUGUCUGUUAAAUACACUGUGAAUGUAUCUGAUUACAUUCGGUCUUUGUAACAGUGACGUGAUCACAUGUGACAGUUUCUCAGGAGGUGCGACUUUCCUUUG